CCUCACAUAGGUAAGAACAGAGUACGGCGCCCUCUAAUAUCAGAUCUCAGUUGCGAUUGGUUGCUACUGGCCUCCAAAAUGUAGUAGGGAGCGCUCUAGAGAUGACAUGUAGCUUGGGAGCCAAGCUGCCUCAGCGUAGAUUGUCUCGUGUCCGUUUUGACUUCGAUGCAGCUCUCAUCACGCCCAGGCUCCCAGCGACCAAAACGGCAACAUCUCGAAGGUAUUUCUACAUCGGGGACUUUUUGCGAACCUAGACAGCUUGGCAUCAUGCGUUUCUGCAAAGAAUGCGCCGAAUAGAGCUGUGCUGGUCCAGUUGCAGGUUUGAUAUCCUGCCAGGCUGCUCGAAACGAGGCCCGAGCUUGUGUGAACUAGGAGCCGGCGUUUGUGAUCUACUUGGUGGCGCCGGGGCACCUUGCGGAGAUCUGUGCAUCUCGGGGCCCUAUCCGUGGGGCGCUCGCGGGGAGUUUUGCAAAACAUGGUGCCUUGUUGGGGGGGGGUUGUCGACAGGUCGGAAGACCGGGACAGUGAUAUCCCACGCAGAAUUUCAAAGCAUCUAGAUGCCCGGAUCUCUCUGUACUGGCGUAGAGAUAUUAUGAUACGCGCAGAGAUACGUGCAUGGGCGUCCCUUCGUUCUCUUCUCGUCAUCUUCUGGGCCUUCGGCACUUCUAAAUCCAAUUGCUGUCAAACUAUGGCGGAGCCUUGAGCCUUGGCCUGUCUGGGCCUCUUCGGGCCUAUCCGAGACGUGUAGAGCCUCACAUUACGAGCAUUGGCGCCCGCGCUUAUGGAGAAUAAAGUCCCUGAACGGUGCAACUGGUAGGAAUUUUGUUGCCGCCUAUCCCUUUCAGGCUGUGGAGGAGGCUGUGCAGUUGGAGAAACAUGAUUAGAAACGGUAAGGAGUUGAGUCUGAGAACAGAUAGCUUCGGAGAGAGCCCUCUGGGUCGUACUUCAGGACACUUCAUUGGAUAAUUAUGCUGUCACAAAAACACUGCUUGCGGUCGGCCUGUUUCCGCACAGCGCGUGGUGAUCGAAACACCUGUAAGUGCCGGUUUUCUAGCCUGGGAUUGUAUCAGUGCAGAAUGCGAUUGGCCCAUAUAUGUGACAGGCUAUUCACGGCCGGCGCUAUGUAUCCAUUGCCCUGUAGCAAGGAACAAUUUUAUAUUCUCCAUGACUUUCAACGUGUCCGUGGAUAGAUAAAAGGGAGGAGAAUCCCCUCACAAUGUUUGUUCUCCAUCAGCUCCACAGCCGCUUCUCUCUGUCUUCACCACCCUUUCAGUACUCUAUUCACUUCUCAAGCGCCGGUCGCAUAAAUUUUCUGCUUCAAUCUAUUAAAACUUUUUAUUACAUUUCACUUUCACAAAAGCAAAUAUGCAGAUUACUUCAGUCAUCGUCCUGGCCGCUUUCGCCAUUCCAACUGUUUACGGCCAUGGAGUUAUCACCGAGGUUCAAGGCGCUAAUGGUGUCGUCAUGCCAGGCAUUACAGUAAUCGACGGCACUCCUCGUGACUGCUCCAGCGCAGGCUGCGGCGCGCAGGCUGAUACGGCCAUCACCCGCAAGAACGAGCUUGGGACCAGCAAGGCCUCGGCACUUGGUCGCACCUCAGGUGGCGGACCGGUCGAUGCCGCUGCCGCCGUCGCCAACUUCAUGGGUGGAGCCAAGAACAUCGCGGCUCGCGACGCCCACAUGUCCAAGCGCGUCGAUUUCUCUAGUUUCUUCGGUGGUGGCGGCGCCGGUGCUGGUGCUGGUGCCGGCGGUGGAGCUGCUGGGGGUGCAACCGGCACUGGCGUCAAGACCGUGAAGGGCACAUCGGAAUCCGGCGUUGCGGCAGCAGCUGGGUCGGGCGCCGAGUCCGGUCUCCCCACCACCGCCGACGAUGGAACUCUCACGAUGACCUUUCACCAAGUGAACCAGGAUGGUGCGGGCCCUCUCACUGCCGCCGUUGACGGAACCUCCGGCGGCACCGACCCUGCGGCCUUCAAGAGCGCGCAGGUAGUCCAGAACGUGCCCGGUGCCAUCGCAGGUCUCAGCACGGCAACAAGCACCGACUUCCCCGUCAAGAUCCAGAUGCCGGCCGGCAUGGUGUGCUCCGCGACGGUGGCAGGUGUAAACAACGUAUGUAUCGCAAAGCUUCAGAACUCAGCGCUGGCUGGGCCAUUUGGCGGCUCGGUGGCGUUCACGCAGAGCUCGGCGGCGAAGAAGCGCGCGGUCGAGUUCAACUUCCGCGCGCGCCGGUUUGCGCGCGCUCUUAGGGAUUAG